GUCGGUUCGCUCCGGCGCAGUUCGGUUCACCCGGGCGCCGUUCGGUUCGCCCCGGUGCGGCGGGCUAGGAGCGCCGCCAGGUCCCGGGCUGCCGUGCCGGGGCUCGGCCGUGCAUGGGGCUCCCCAGCGUGCCUGCAGUGCCGUCACCGAGAGGAAUGCCGAAACGAAGGGGCUAAUGAGCACCAGAGAGGGAGGAUCUAUAACUUCCAGAUGGCAACGAGCCCGUAAUCCCUUUGGGAUGAAUUAGGGACUCGUCAGCGCAGCAGAGUCUGCUGAAGGGAGCAAAGCACGACACCUCUGGCUCCAGGAGUGCUGUGAGAGGCUGAGGGCAUCCCAAUGCUGCCAGCACCGGACACCCUGCCCCGAGCCACCAGGCUUUGUCUCACAGAGCUCUGGUGCUGCUGGAAGCCUGUCCCCAAGCACUGAAGUAUUUUUUUGUUUUAACUGAUUGCAUGUUCUCCAACCAAACCCCAUCUGGAUCCUGCUCCUCCUGAUGCAGAAAGGGACUUCUCCCCUUAACAGAAAGACUUCUUCCUUCUUGUUUUUAUGCCCUGUGGGAUUGUAAAGUGUCUUUCUUCCUGGAUUUCAUCUCUCAUCAAAGUGUGUUUUGAGGAAUUAGGGGCUUAUUCCCAUGGCUUUAUAAACCUCUGGGAUCUGAGGGUUUCUACAUUGCCGCUGCUCCCACCUGCCUGCAAUGGGGCGCGAGCAGGAGCUGAUCCAGGCCGUGAAGAACGGGGACAUACCUGGCGUGCAGAAACUGGUGGCCAAGAUCAAAGCGUCCAAGACCAAGCUCCUGGGAUCUGCCAAGCGCCUGAACGUGAACUACCAGGAUGCAGACGGGUUCUCAGCGCUGCACCACGCAGCCCUGGGCGGCAGCCUGGAGCUCAUCUCGCUGCUGCUGGAGGCACAGGCCACCGUCGACAUCAAGGACAGCAACGGGAUGCGGCCCCUGCACUACGCGGCGUGGCAGGGCCGUGUGGAGCCCGUGCGGGUGCUGCUCCGCGCUGCCGCCUCUGUCAACAUGGCCUCGCUGGACGGGCAGAUCCCGCUGCACCUCUCGGCGCAGUACGGCCACUACGAGGUGUCGGAGAUGCUGCUCCAGCACCAGUCCAACCCGUGCCUCAUCAACAAGGCGAAGAAAACCCCACUGGACUUGGCCUGCGAGUUCGGGCGGCUGAAGGUGGCCCAGCUGCUGCUGAACAGCCAUCUGUGUGUUGCCCUGCUGGAGGGACAAUCCAAGGAUGCUACUGACCCCAACUACACAACUCCACUGCAUCUGGCAGCCAAGAACGGGCACAAGGAGAUCAUCAGGCAGCUGCUGAAGGCUGGGAUUGAGAUCAACAAGCAGACAAAGACAGGCACAGCCCUGCACGAAGCUGCGCUUUAUGGCAAAACAGAGGUGGUGCGGCUCCUGCUGGAGGGUGGAGUCGACGUGAACAUCAGGAACACCUACAACCAGACAGCACUGGACAUUGUCAACCAGUUCACCACCUCACACGCCAGCAAGGACAUCAAGCAGCUAUUGAGAGAGGCAUCAGGAAUCCUGAAGGUCCGAGCUUUGAAGGAUUUUUGGAACCUCCAUGACCCAACUGCUCUCAAUGUCCGAGCAGGAGAUGUCAUCACGGUCCUGGAGCAGCAUCCAGAUGGCCGAUGGAAGGGACACAUCCACGACGCUCAGAAAGGCACUGACCGGGUGGGGUACUUCCCCCCCUCCAUUGCGGAAGUCAUCAGCAAGCGGACAGGCAUGGUUGUCCCCCGUGUGGCACCUGCGCAGCAGCGCCAGGGUCCCCCCGGGGCCCUCCCAGCCCCCCCUGGGGGGCUGCAGCACCUCCCUGACGAGUGUCCACACCCGGCAGCCCCGAGUGGCCCAGCAGCCUUUGGUCACCUCACCCUAACCCGGAUGGCCCCAGGCCCUGACAGCUCAGCAGGAGACAGAAACAGCGUGGGCAGCGAGGGCAGCAUCGGCAGCAUCCGCAGUGCCGGCAGCGGCCAGAGCACCGAGGGCACCAAUGGGCAGAGCACCAGCAUCCUCAUCGAGAAUGCCAGGCCUCUGCCCUCCACCGGUGACAACCUCCAGCAACACCUUUUGGGAUCAGAGCCACACAAUGGGACCUCCCCAGCAGGGCCACAGGGUCUCCAGACCCCAGGCAGCUGCCCCCCUGGAGACAGGGUCUUCUCCCACCAAUUCUUGCGUCCUGAGCAGCUCCUUGAGGGGAAGGAUGCAGAAGCCAUUUACAACUGGCUGCGUGAGUUCCAGCUGGAGUCGUACACUGUCAACUUCCUCAACGCUGGCUACGAUGUCCCCACCAUCAGCCGCAUGACCCCGGAGGAUCUGACAGCCAUCGGUGUGACCAAACCAGGCCACAGGAAAAAGAUCUCUACAGAAAUCGGGCAGCUCAGCAUUGCUGAGUGGCUGCCCAACUACAUCCCGGCUGACCUGAUGGACUGGCUCAGUGCCAUUGGGUUGCCCCAGUACCACAAAAAGCUGGUGAACAACGGCUACGAUUCCAUCACCAUCGUGACGGACCUGACAUGGGAGGACCUGCAAGAGAUUGGCAUCAACAAGCUGGGCCACCAGAAGAAGAUCAUGUUGGCUGUCAAGAAGCUCAGAGACCUCCGCAAAAGCCUCAACCAAGCAGAAGCAACUCUGGCAAGACGCAAAAUCCCCGGUUCCCUGGACAUUGUCACCAUAGAGUCACUGGAAAACGGGGAGUGCCAGUCCCCACACACGCUCAAAAUGACAACCUUCCAGGACAGUGAGCUCAGCUAUGAGCUCCAGACAGCCAUGUCCAACAGCUGCCAUGACACACUCGGCAUCAAGAGCAGCCAGGGAAUGUCACGGAGCCAGGAGAGCAUCGGGGUGCGGUCGCGGGGCUCAGGGCACUCCCAGGACAAUGUGCUGUCCCGGCGCCUCUCCAGCCCCUCGCAGGAGAGCCUGGGCAGCGGCGAGAGCAGCGGCAGCAGUGGGCAGUCCUGUGCACCCCCCCACAGCAAGGAGAGCCUGGCCAGCCUGCCGGGCUGGCCCAGCCCCGAGCCCUAUGGGAAGCUCGUGUCCCCCGAGGGGCUGAAUGGCUUUGCCAACAGCGGCGGCGGGGGCAGCCCUCUCAAGGAGAGGAACCUGCCCGAAGGCACGGAUCAGUAUGCCCGGCCCAUGGCUCAGAAAGGAGCUGGGACUCCAGUGGUCACUCCCUGUACUCCUCCCCAGACUCCUAGCAAGGGAACAGCCCCGUACGUCUUCAUGUACCCACACGUCUCCUUGAAAUCCCCAACGGCCCCGUCCGUCCUGGGAGCAGAGCAGCCCAAGGCCCUAGCACACCCAUACCCUUCCAUCUCCCCUGGACAGAAGAGCAGCCUGCAGACGUCAGCCCAAAAAGGCUUCUCCUACCUGCACAGCCAGUGUGGCCCCACAGAGCCAUCCACCACAGCCCCCAUGACUGGGGAGCAUCACAACGGAGGCGAAGGCUUGAAACACAAGAAGCGCUCACACAGCCUGAACCGCUACGCGCUGUCGGAUGGGGAGCAUGAGGAGGAGGAGGGGGCCCCCAGCAGCACCCUGGGCUCCUACGCCACGCUGACGCGGCGGCCGGGCCGCAGCCAGAUGCCACGGGCCUGUCUGCAGGCGGAUGCCAAGGUGACCCGCAGCCAGUCCUUCGCCAUCCGGGCCAAGCGCAAGGGCCCUCCGCCACCGCCUCCCAAGCGCCUCAGCUCCGUGUCCAGUGCCCUUGCUGCUGAGGCAGACGGUGAGCAGCCCCCCAGCCCCGAGCAGAAGCCCACAGCCCCUCAAGACGUGGUUGAUGCAGGUGCCACCCCUAGUGAUGCUGGCCGUGGCAGGACAGUGAAGAGCCUGGCAGCUGCGCUGGAGGGAACACCAGGUGUGAGUCCUUCCAAGCCCCUCCUGGCCCCAAAACCACUGCACCUGACUCAGGACUGUCUCCCCCGGGCAGAUGUGGGUGAGGGGUCCCACGAUGGCAGUGAUGCCAGCAGUGCCACACUUUCCAAUGGCAGCAGGGACCCCUUUGAGAGCAGCAAGCCACGGAGACGGACAGUGAGUGAGCCCAGCGCUCCUAUGACAGAGGUGGCUGCACAGGGUGAGCAGGAUGCCUGCUCAGACACAGAGGAGGAGGCCAAACCGGGCGUCUCUUCUUCAUCGUCCCAAAACAGCUCCAGUGAGUGCAUCCCCUUUGCAGAAGAAGGCAAUUUAACCAUCAAACAGCGGCCAAAGCCCAGUGGGCAUUCCAAGGCUGACGCAGCCGUGCCGGACAUGGAGCCUGGUUCCCAGCCAGCAGAGCCCCAGGGCUCCACUGGGAAGGAGGCAGCAGCCCCUGCUGUCACCAAGGAGCCGCCCGUGCUGGAGUUCAACCUCACCGAGUCGGACACUGUGAAGCGCCGGCCGCGCUUCAGGGAGCGGGAGCCGCUGCAGGCGGUGCUGAAGGCUUUCAGCAUGGCGGGGCAGGCAGAGGCGGGGGGCACCCCCACACCCCAGUAUGCCCAGGCCCAAGCCGUGAGCAUCGCAGGCCCCCCCACCCCAGCACCGGCACCACGGCCCACACUGGCUGGGGAUGCCUUUGACGAUGACAGUGUGGAGUUCAGGAUUGCUGAGAUAGAGAAAAGCAUCUUGUCGCUGGAGAAAGGGAUGAAGAAGGCCCCAAGCCCCACCCAAGCCCCCAGCCCCACAGAGCUGGUCAGCACGGCUGUGGUGAGGACACCCACUCCAGGUAUGGGGGCUUGUGGAGCUAUCUCCAAGGUGGCGGUGGGGCUCCCUCCCAUGUUGGUAUGGGAGGUGAGGAGGACCUGUGCCACCACCUACCACGAGUCCUCUUCCUUUGCAGAUGUCCCUGCCAAGCACACCUCUGUGGCAUCCACCAAGCUUGUCUUCUCUGGACCCAAGACCAUCUACCAGCAGGUCCUGCAGCCCUCCCGCCACACUGUUGCUCCCUGGGCGGCCACCGAGGUGGUGCCAGAUGUGAUUGGGUCCCUGCCUGGUCCUGGCUCACUGACGCUGGAGCAGACCAACUCCAGCCUAGCUGCCACGCUGCAGGCGGCCGAGAAGAAGAUCACAGCGGAGGAGGCAGAGAGCCACCCUGGGACCGUGCACUCAGCCAAGAACAUCUUGGAAGACAUCAGCAACAUGUUUGAUGACCUGGCCGACCAGCUGGAUGCAAUGCUGGACUGAGGCUUGCUUCCUCCUUCCCCUCCCCGCCCCUGGCUGCUCCACCCAUGCCCCUCGUGAUGGGGGAAGAGUGGAUCCAGCACCAAGUGGUGCUUGCAGGUCUCUCCAGCUGCCUCCCUCCCCACACUUUGCACUGCGGCUCCUUGCCCACCCUUGGCUCUGUGUCACGUGUGACAGCAUGGCCUUGGGCCAGUUUCCGAGGGGGUCAGGCAUUUCCCACCAGACUGGCAGCAGGAGGAGAGCCCAGAGGGGCUGCACAUGCAGUCCUGGAGGCCAUGGAGAAGCCCUUGCUUCCUUGCACAGAGCUGAGGAGCCUCCACAAGGGACCUUUCUCUUUCCUUACUGCAUUGUCGAGUCCUGCAUCUUAUUAUUUAUCCCUUGCCAACAAUGUGUCACAGGAGAGACCUCCCUGGGCAGCCGCCACGGAGCUGGCGAUUCACUGUGCAGCCACAGCCUCGGCCAGGCCUGACAGCAGCUAAAAGAAGACAGGGCUUGUUGCAAUUUGGCAGCUUGUGGAGCGAGAAGGAACCUUUCUACUUUAUUUGCCACUUUUCCAAAUGCGUCAGCAUCGGGCAGCGUGGAAUCCAAGUGGAUCGAAAUCCCUCCAGUGGGACCUACAGACCCCUCGAGAUGGGGCUGGCACAGCCUGCAGAGCAGCAGGACAUGUGAGCCUUCCUGCCCCUUCCCAGAGUGAUGAGGAUGGUAAUGGCAGUGCCAAAAACCCGGGAAUUUGGGCCAGUCCAUCUGGAUCAUGCUGCUCAAUGGAGUUUGCCCUCUGCCAACACAGUGCCUAUGCAAACCCCCACCCUGGUCCUUCCAGAGUGCAGCAGCAUGAUUAAUGCUUUUUAAAUUCUUUUCUCCCCUCCCUUAUCCCUUUUUUGGGGAGAAAACAGUCCCUUUUCCCAGUGCCCCUCCCUGCAGGGAGCUGCUGGCACAAACCCCGCCGUGAGCAUUGUUCAACAGUAGCGGCAUUUGGGACGUGAUCCUUCCCCGCGGCUCUGCAGCCCAGCGCGGGAGCUGACCCCAGGUGCACCAGGGAAUUCGGCUCAGGAGCAGCUCCCUCGCGAUCCAGCGUGGCCACAGCCUGUGGCUGCAGCGGGGAACGGCAGUGAGAGCUCUCUGCAUCCAGGCAGGAGGAGCGGCUGCAUCGCUCCCAGACAGAUUUCUCUCGUAGGAUCUGCUCAGUAGUGCAUGGCUAAAUAUGUCCAAGAGCCCCGAACUUGGCUCGCACUCGGCAUGCCAAGCAAAUGAAAGCAUCAGAGCACCAGAAGGGAACCGAAGAUUGUGCUGAAGUACCAUUUGCUACAAAAAUUCCAAACAAAGGGGAAGAAAAUUCCACAUAUUUCCCUUUUCAUAAAAAAAAAAAAAAGAAAAAUCACCAAUGCAAAUCCAAACUGGAGAGGGAGAAGGUGGCUGAGAAGGCAGUUGCUUCCCCAUCCUGUUGGGAAUUUGCAGCUGGAUUGGACUGUUUGCAGCCCCUUGUGCUGUUGGAUGGGAAGGAGAGCAAAGCCCACAUGAACAUUCCUGAGGGUCUCUGCUCAUGAGGGCUGGGCAGGCAAGAGGUGCCAGCCUGGUUUCUGGGCUGAAAAGCAAAGACAAUAAGCCCUGAAAAAACCUAAAAUCCCAUUGUUGUCUGGGACUUCAGGUCAGUGUGAGGCAGCUAAGACACUUCUUCCCUGGCUCUGAUUUCUGUCCCACACUGAGUCCACUGCCUGUGUCUGAGUGCCACAUCAUGGACAUGAUGAUUUCAAAUAGCUACAACCAGUGACACUUUAUAAAGAGGUUCACAGAAACCUUUGAAACUGAUUUUUACUCUCACGAGUCAACCUGGGACAAGCCCAAGUUUUGGGGUUUUUUUCAAUGUUGAUAAACUGUAAAUGUUUUUUUUUUUUUUAAAGGCCAAUGUAUAUAUUUUAAAUGUGAUUUAUUCUAUAUAUUUACUAACCAGAACUACAAGUCUUGGGUCAGGGAUAAGAGGACACUGGGGUGGAGCUGCCGCUGUCUGAGCCACCUGAGGGCAGCACAACGCUGCUCUCAUUGUCAAUAAGGGAACUAAACAUUUGGUUUUGCAGAAGAAUGCCUAUUUUUUCAGCUCUAGAUCUCUAUUUUGAAGCUACUGUAUGGUGUGUAAGUUAUGUACACUGCAACUGGGACUAACUGACCCCAGCUGCACCUGCUCCGUGCAGCGAGACAGUGAGGGGAAAAAAUAGCCUGUGCAAUCACCAGACUGACAACAGAUUUUAAACCAUCUGCUCUGUUUGUGUUAAUCAUGUGUUUUGUUUUCCACUAACAUCCAUUAAGACUAAAUUCUAUUAAACAGUGGGGCAUAUUUUACCCUUUUCAUA